AUGCUCAGUCCUCCUACUACUUCCUGCUGCUCAGUCCUCCUACUACUUCCUGCUGCUCAGUCCUCCUACUACUUCCUGAUGCUCAGUCCUCCUACUACUUCCUGCUGCUCAGUCCUCCUACUACUUCCUGCUGCUCAGUCCUCCUACUACUUCCUGCCGCUCAGUCCUCGUACUACUUCCUGCUGCUCAGUCCUCCUACUACUUCCUGCCGCUCAGUCCUCCUACUACUUCCUGCUGCUCAGUCCUCCUACUACUUCCUGCCGCUCAGUCCUCCUACUACUUCCUGCUGCUCAGUCCUCCUACUACUUCCUGCCGCUCAGUCCUCCUACUACUUCCUGCCGCUCAGUCGUCCUACUACUUCCUGCCGCUCAGUCCUCCUACUACUUCCUGCCGCUACUACUGCUCCUGCCUGAGCAAAUUAUCAUCAUUGGCGAGAGCUACCGGAUCUACUUCCUCAACGAGGGUUCCAAGUCCUUUGUGGGUAAUCCCUACGUCUCCGCCCUCUACAAGCAAGUGGGCGUGUUCGUGUUGGGCUGCGCCAUCAGCCAGUCUUUCACCGACAUCGCCAAGGUGUCUGUGGGCCGCCUGCGUCCUCACUUCCUGGACGUCUGCAAACCAGACUUGACCACCGUCAACUGCACCCUGGGCUACGUCACAGACUACGUGUGUCAGGGACCUGAGGCCAAAGUCCAAGAAGCCAGGAAGUCGUUCUUCUCUGGACACGCCUCCUUCUCCAUGUACACCAUGCUCUAUCUGGUGUUGUACCUGCAGUCACGUUUCACCUGGCAUGGAGCCCGGCUGCUGCGCCCUCUGACCCAGUUCACUCUCAUCAUGAUGUCCUUCUACACCGGACUGUCCCGUGUCUCCGACCACAAGCAUCACCCCACGGACGUCCUGGCCGGGUUUGUCCAGGGCGCCCUGGUGGCCUACUGCACGGUGUUCUUCGUGUCAGACCUGUUCAAGGCCAAAGGGAGACGUGGCGCCUUACCUUCUCAGACUCCUGUGAGGAAAGAGCUCCUUCCCACAGUGGACAUGAGAGAGAGGAGCAACCAUCUCAUCCUGGCAUGAGACCACCACUACGACACACUGGAACUGAAGGAACCGUGUGGAUGAAGCAGACCAGUAAGGAACCUUGGAACCUCUUCAAGAAUGAGAACAAACCCGAGCGCCAUGUCCUUUGUCAUCUGGGACAAGUCCACCUCCGUCCCAGUCUGAAGGCCAUCAUCUUGGAGGAGGUCUGCCUGUCAAGGAUGUUCCUUCAACUCCAGGGAGAAAUGGCGGCUCCAAUGAAACAAAUUCCUAGAUUGUUAGGAAGGAUGUGUGUAACUUCAUGUAGUUUCUUAGUAGUCCAUUUUGUACAGGAGGGUUUGACCUCGUUUAGCUCAAGACCACUUGAAGGACCCCAAGUGAAGCUAGACAAGUCUUUCUAAAAAGGACUGCAAAGUCAAGGGAGGGCGUUUGAUAGCUGAGGACCUCUUUCUGCUGGCCACUCAACCACUUCAUGACCGUCUGUUACACAGCAGACCAUGUUUGUUACAUAGCAGACCCUGUUUGUUACAUAGCAGACCCUGUUUGUUACAUAGCAGACCCUGUUUGUUACAUAGCAGACCCUGUU